CUGAAUCUCUAAGCUGAGAAAACUUCCAAAUCCUUUCAGGGAUGUGUAGAACAGUAGCUCUACAAAUCAGUCUGAUUCUGGUACUUCGUCGUUGAAAAACUGCAGGUUGUAUUUUCUGCAUCUCUGAGCUUGGAAAACUUUCAAAUCUUUUCAGGGAUGUGUAGAACAGUAGCUCUACAAAUCAGUCUGAUUCUGGUACUCUCGGCAUCUCUCCGAUCCGCAACUGCUUCACCGGACGAUCACCGGUACAAUGUCGGAGAUCAUGUUCCUUUGUUCGUCAACAGAGUCGGACCCCUAAACAACCCCAGUGAGACCUACCAAUACUAUGAGUUACCAUUCUGCCGCCCAGAUCCUGUGAAGUUCAAGAAGGAAUCCCUUGGGGAAAUUCUGAAUGGGGACCGUUUGGCUAGUGCUUUAUUUGAAUUGAAAUUCAGGGAGCACAAAACUGAGGAGAUCUGGUGUGAGAAGAAGCUUAAACGAGAUGAAGUUGAAAACUUCAGACGUGCUGUUGCAAAUGAUUAUUACUUUCAGAUGUACUAUGAUGAUCUGCCAUUUUGGGGUUUUAUUGGGAAAAUUGAGGAAAGCUGGAGGCUUGACAAUGCAAUCCUCCGAUAUUAUCUAUUUAAACAUGUGCAGUUUGAUGUGCUUUAUAAUGGUGACAGAGUUGUAGAAAUACAUGCAUUUGCCGACCCAAAUCAUGUUGUUGAUAUAACAGAGGAUAUUGAUGUUGAUGUUAAGUUCACAUAUUCUGUCUUAUGGAACACAACCUCAGCUCCUUUUGAGACUAGAAUGGGCAGAUAUUCAAUGGAAUCGUCACUCCCAAUCCACCAGAAGAUUCAUUGGUUCUCACUCGUCAAUUCAGUUGUCAUCAUUGUGCUCUUGAUGGGAUUGCUCGUGUUGCUUUUUAUGCGGCGUCUAAAGAAUGAUAUGAGGAAGUGUUCCAUUGGAGAUGGAGAAGAAGACAAAGAGGUUGGUUGGAAAUAUCUCCAUGGAGACGUUUUUCGACAUCCUCAGAACUUGUCAUUGUUUUCUGCUGUUGUUGGAACGGGCACUCAACUGCUAGCCUCAUUUUGCUGCCUAUUUGUGCUAGUUUCUGUUGGUGUCCUCUAUCCCUACAAUCGUGGAGCACUAUGCUCAUCACUUGUCUUUACCUAUACUCUGACAUCAAUUGUUGCUGGGUACUUUGCUGCUUCUUUCCACUGUCAGUUUGUUGAAACUGGAUGGGAAAGGAGCGUUCUUCUUGCUGGUAUACUCUAUGUUGGCCCUUUGUUUGUGACAGUGUCCAUUCUCAAUACCAUUGCUGUAUCAUAUGGUGCCAUGGCUGCACUUCCUGUCAGCACUAUUUUUGUAAUUAUUCUCAUAUAUACAUUUGUCACAACCCCAUUGCUUGCCUUAGGAGGGGUGAUUGGACACAGGUUUAGGUCUGACUUUCAAGCGCCUUGUGCUACUAAAAGAUUCCCAAGGGAGAUUCCACCAUUAGCUUGGUACAGAAAAACACCUUGUCAAAUGUUUCUUGCAGGUUUCUUCUCAUUUAGUGCGAUUGUCCUUGAGUUAUUCUACAUUUAUGCGAGCUUGUGGGGUUAUAAAAUAUUCAUUCUUCCCAGUAUUUUGUUUGUCAUUUUUGUCAUCCUUGUCAUGCUUACUGCAAUCUUGAGUGUUGGUUUGACUUAUGUUCAACUCUCUGUGGAAGACCAUGAAUGGUGGUGGAGGUCUAUGUUGUGUGGAGGCUCAACUGCCUUUUUUAUGUUUGCCUAUUCCAUCUAUUUCUACGUCAGGUCAAAUAUGAGUGGCCUAUUGCAGCUAUCCUUCUUUGUUGGCUAUAAUGCUUGUCUUUGCUAUGCACUCUUCUUAAUGCUUGGCACAAUCAGUUUCUACGCUUCCUUGACGUUUGUUCGCCACAUUUACCAUGCUGUGAAAAGUGAAUGAGUGUGCCUCUACCUUUCAAGAUGAUGGUCUUUUGUCUUGGCUCAUUUCCUCCCAAAAUCCCACCACCCCAGGGUGAAGAUAUAAGAGAAGAGAGGGGAUGGGAGAUUUAAAAGGGAAGUGAAAAGAGUAGAAAACAUUGGGAAGUCUAAUUUGUAGAAAAGCUUCGCUGCAACGGAUAGAAGUUAAACCUAUAUACAAAUGCAAGAGAGAAUUUGUACCCUUUUUGAAGUCGAGAUAGAUUUCAGAUUAUUUUCCUGUGACAUUAGAUGUAUGUUCAUUGAACAUUUAUGAUGUGGUUUCUUACCGCUUAAUCUUCGAAUUGGGAGAUAAAUAAUUCUAUAGCUU